AUGUCUGCCACCUUCAAGUCGAUCCGCGCCCUCCAGCCCCUCCUUGACCGCGUCCUCGUCCAGCGCUUCAAGGCCGAGACCAAGACCGCCUCGGGUCUCCUCCUCCCCUCGUCGGCUACCUCGUCGCCCCUCCCCGAGGCCACCGUCAUCGCUGUCGGCCCCGGUGCCCCCAACAAGGACGGCGCCAUCAUCCCCGUCUCGGUCAAGGCCGGUGACCGCGUUCUCCUCCCCGGCUGGGGUGGUUCGCCUAUCAAGGUCGGCGAGGAGGAGUACCACCUCUUCAAGGACUCGGAGAUCCUUGCCAAGAUCCAGGAGUAA